AUGUCACUCAUCUUCACGAUUUUCGCUCUGGUCUUUCUGACUGAGCUCAUCUCAUGGAUCGGGAAAACUGUCCUCUUUGAAUUCGCAUGGGAUCUCUACAGCAGACUUUUCAUGAAUGUCUCAUACUCACGACAGCGCCAGCUGCAAGCCGAGCUCCUUACAGCGAAGAAAGAGCUGCUACAAACAAGCGCACAAGAUCAAUUUGCCAAGUGGGCGAAGCUGAGGAGAGGCGUUGACAAAGGGCUAGCAGACCUUGAGAAACUCAAUGGAGAGCUUGCGUCUAGCAAGACCGGAUUCUCACUCAAGUUCAACACACUGAUGUGGGUCCUUACGACAGGACUAUCAUUCUUCGUUGGGUGGUGGUACAGAAAGGCUGCAGUAUUCUACCUGCCUCCUGGUUGGCUUGGCCCACUUGGCUGGUGGAUGGCCUUCCCUUUCGCACCCAAAGUCCGCGAAGGCUUAAUGAUUGACCCACGCCAAGGUUCUGUGAGCGUCGGAGUGUGGCAAAUGGCUUGCCGCAGAGUCAUUAAAGUUGGAGAGCGCACGGUAAAAAAUAUUCUUGCACCUUCGGAACCCGUCGCUGUCCCAGUUGAAAUGGAGACCGAUUCCAAGAGCUCGUGA